AUAAACAUGGAUAAUUUCAAACCAUAUAUUUUGUGUUGUACUAUUUCCUAAAAAUAAAAAUAAUAUUAGUAGCAGCAUGAAGAAAUCAAUUUGAUCCUGAACCGAAAAUACCAAAGAAUUUGAAUUUACCGCCAAAAGAAGGGAUUCUAGGAUUUUCGUUUAGGAUGUUGGUGAACAUGUAGACAGAGAAGCGCUUGUGUAAUCACGUGACCUGUCAAAUUUGACUAUAAUGUUUUGAAUAGUUCAUUCUUUUUUAUGUGAAAAAAUCAAGUUUAUCAUGUCUUUUUCUGAAAAAGGUAUAGUAUUUAUAUGAUAUAGUCAUCACAAGGCCACCCAAAAUAUUAUGCAAACUGAUAGUUCGUCAGGCUGUGGUUAUCGAAACCUUUUGCAAGCCAGGCGUCUCCUUUUAUAAAUUGGAAUUUCUUCAAAUGCUAGAUUUGAAAUGUACUGUUUGUUUUUGUAAAAUUGAAAUACCGCGAAUUGUAGUUCACAUAAUAAAUACACGUUUCCAUAAGACAGUUCUUAAUUGCAAGUAAAAUUGUCUCAUAAGUUACACAUUCCAGGCGGCUCUGCAGAAGAGACUGAGGCACUCGUUGAUAGUUUAACUAUGGAGAAUACUACUCUUACUGAAGAAAAUAUAUCUGAACUAAAUAGAGAUGAUUAUCAUGCAUUAAAUGACUUUUCUCAAGAGUUAACAUUGACAAACGAAGAUAUGGAAACUGAGGUGAUUGUAGAAAAUCAGGAGAUAAUAGAGCAUGAGGAAGAGGUUGAAACAGAAGAAACUGUUGCAGAUGAUUUUGUAGAAACUGAUCAACAUACUGCUUCCUCAGAUGAAAUUCUACAAGGUCUUAAAAAUAUAAGACCGAUCUUGGGAACCAAUGCUAUUCCUCCUCUAAGACCACUGACUAUUGCUCCUAAGCCAGCCAAAGUGCCUUUAACUGUGAAGCCAGUAGCUGGACAGCAGCUACUCUUAUUACAAGGUUCAGGGGCAGGUCAAACCUUGAAACUAGUGUCCCCUCAAGGCCAGGAAUUGAAUCUAGCAAACUUGAUCAGCAGUCGUCCUGUUGCAAUCAAACCGACAUUCAAAACAGUAUCUUCGCCAGGGGGAAACAUCUCAAUUAUCCAGCAGAAACCUUUGGUGAUGAAGAAAGUCAUGACACCAGCUCAAAAGGCAGUAGCAGCAAAACCAACACUCACUGCAUUCACCAAUAAACAAGGUCAACAUUUUAUGUUGGUGCAAAAAUCUGGCGAUCAACAGCAAUUGAAGUUGGUGCAAGCCCAAGGAGGGUCUCUUACAACUGUGCCAUCACCUACCAAAACGAUCACCCUACAGCAAGCUCAAGAAAUGGGGCUAAUAGGGAACAGCACAAAACUGGUGCAGCAAUCUGCUGGUACUGCAAAACAGCAAACUUUACUUUUAGCUAAAGCUCCUCAGAAAGGUGUCAAGCUAGUACCGCAAAUGACACCAACCCUAGUUUCUGCUGCAGUACCCAGCACGUCUGUCACAAAGACCCAGAGUACAGUGAAAACACCAACUAAAAUAUUGCCAGCAGGCGCUGUUACACUUCCAAAGGGCUCUCAAAAAAUAUUUUUCAAAACUACAGGGACAAAUCAGACCAUAAUACCUUCUGGACAGCUGAUUCAAGUAGCUAGUUCACAAGCUUUGGCAAGUGGACAGUUGCAUCAAAUAAAUAUUCCAGGCAAAGGGAUGCAAUUGAUCAAAUUUGUCACUGCAAGCACAGCUGAAGCAACUAUACCAACAACAUCAACUGGGACAACUACAGCUGCAAAGUUAGUGACUAACGUCCCUACUUCUAACAUGAUUGUCACAGAAAUCAAGGCUGCAAGCACAGCGAGCAAAAUAGCUCCAAAGCCAGCGAAGACAAUAACCUCGACCGUGACCGCGGCGGCCCCACAAGUGUUGGCUGUGCUCCCAGCCACGGCCUAUCCGGCCACUAUUGCUCCGGUGGCCAAGGUGGCCAUUCCGCCCAAUCCGAGCCCCAGACAGGCGCAGGUUAAGCCCUCUCCUCCCAAAUCUGCUACACCUCCACCUGCUACACCUCCUAUGUCCAAAACUGAAGAUUUGGACGCAAAUGGAAUGCGACCUCGUAAGCCUUGCAACUGUACCAAAUCUCAAUGUCUGAAACUCUACUGUGAUUGUUUCGCAAAUGGCGAAUUCUGUUAUAUGUGCAAAUGCAUCAAUUGCUUCAAUGAUCUGGAUAAUGAGGAGUACCGGAACAGAGCAAUAAAGGCAUGUUUGGAGAGAAACCCGCACGCUUUUAAACCCAAAAUCGGUAAGGCUAAGGAUGUCGCUGGUGAUACUGCAAUAAGGAAACACACCAAGGGCUGUAACUGCAAAAGAUCUGGAUGUCUGAAAAAUUAUUGCGAAUGUUAUGAGGCAAAAAUCGCCUGUUCAAACAACUGCAAAUGCAUCGGAUGUCGGAAUAUAGAAGACAGCAUGGAGAAGAAAACUCUGAGACAUCUGGUAGAAAUGGAGAAGGUUGCAGCGGCUAUAAUGUCAGCAAACAGAUAUUCACCAACGAGAGACGGGAAUAGGCAAAGGCGCAGUUCAAAUACGCGUAACAAACAAACCGUCAACUACAUAACAGAAGAAGUGAUAGAAGCGACUUGUCAGUGUAUGUUGACGAUUUGCGACAACGCGCAGGAAAAUAUGCAAGAUGAAGAGAUGACGAAACGGUUGAUAAUUGAGGAAUUUGGACGAUGUUUGACGGAGAUCAUCGACUGCACCUCAAAUCACACGUAAUAUUUUUUAGUUUAUAGUGUAUAUAAAGGAGAAAGGUUGAAUAGGUAAACUGCUUAUAAGGAUAGAUUGAAAACUGUCUGUCAAAUAGUGAAAUUAUACUGACCGCAAAUAUAAUUGGUUGCGUUUUGUAGCACUCCCUUGAAGAUAAUAGUUUCUAUAAUUGUGACAUUGACAUCUGACCUGAUGGGACGUUUUAUCUAAACGCUUGUAGUCGCGCAUGUCAAAUGUCGAAUAGUUUUUCAAUCUAUCCAUCAAGGCACUUUAAGUGUUAUCGAAUCUGAGACUGGUUGGGAUUCUCUGAGAGUUUUGUAUUUCGUUUUUUUUUUUGGACAUUCGAUUACACAGCUAAUCUCACUUUUUAUUGGUCUUGCGAGAAUUGAGGCAAAAUAUUUAGGAGCUAAUGUUGAAAGACUCAAAUAUAUCAUGAUUUAACGACUUUUGGAAUUGCAAUCGAACUUUAUAGUAGACACUUUAUUGAUAUUUUUUAUUUAUAGAUAUGAGUAUGAAGAUUAUAAUUUAAUUAUUGAUAGUUUGAAAAGUUAUAGUGAAUAUUGUCAAAUAAAUGAGUUGUUGAA